CUUUGUUAAACCAAUGAUAGCAAUCCAGCAGGUUUCAGCUUAUCUCAAGGCAGGUAUUCAACGUCGUAGGGGACGUAUCCAUCGUCCGCAUUUACAUCCGUACUCUCAUGUGCUUCACAAUUGCAGCCCGUGAUCGGGAGAAGGGGGGUGAUGGAUCGUCUUCAUCUUAGGCGUUUGUAGCGAAACUGAUCAUUCGUCGCUAUGUAUGCUACAUUAUAAUGAGCUCCAGAGGUCGUCUGUCGCUUGCAAUAACUGUAUCUGUUCUAGAGCCUGUCGGCCCUGUCUAUAUUGUCUCCCCUUUCUCCACCUCUGCGGUUCGGAAUUUGGUUCCUGGGAAGGAAAGUAUUUGCACCAACCAACCCAGUACACCGCAGUACUACAAAGUAAACUUCCCCAUUUGGGAAGCUAAAUGUAAUAUAAGUCUUCUCGUACUCUAGGCAGCAGUUUGAGACCUUUUUGUUACCGAUAUUUUCUCACCAAUGAUGUGGGGAUAUGGUGCGCGAGUUGCUCGGAUAGUCUCGCGAAUAACUGUUCCGUUUCUCAUCUGAAAGGAUCUUUUCUUCCGUCUCCAUGUCAACUUUGUUUUGAAAAUAAAAGUUCGUUGUUCUUUCAG